AAAGACCAGAGAGGACCAGGACGAAGGAGAAGGUCAUCAGGAACAGAGAACCAGGAGAACAAAGUUCCCAUAAACCUCCACCUGUCCAUGUCCAGCUCAUCUCUAUGUCUGAAAAAAACAGGCUGAGGUUCAACAUGGAGUCAUUCCUCACUGCUUUUGCAGUCCUGCUACUAGCGGUCUCGAUGGACUCUCAGGAAAUGUCAUAUGAACACUUGCUGUCCCAACUCCUUGCAUGCCCCAAAGAGUGCUACUGUCCUCCCAGCUUCCCCAAUGCAGUCUACUGCAACAACAGAGGCCUGAAAAGAAUCCCCAAAAUCCCCCCUUUCACCUGGUAUCUGUACCUACAGAACAACCUCAUUGAUGUACUUUCGGCAGAUGCCUUCCAUAACACUUCACAACUGAAGUGGGUCAACCUUAAUCAGAACAAGAUCUCAAACGAGGGUGUGGAGGAGAAUGCCCUUCAAGCCAUGUCCAAUCUGCUGCACCUCCACAUGGAGGAAAACAGGCUGACCUCCAUUCCUUCCCCUCUUCCACCACAUCUAGAGCAGCUACAUCUCUCUAGAAACCAGAUCUCAAAAAUCCCAGCAGGUGUCUUUUCUGGGAAGAAACAUCUCAUGUUACUGAACCUGCAGGGUAACAAACUACAGGAUGAUGCAAUUACUGAGGUCAACCUUCAAGGCCUCAGUGGGUUGGUUCAGAUCAACUUGGCAAAGAACCAGCUGAACAGCAUGCCUAAAGGCCUUCCCCGUUCCACUGUGCAACUUUACCUCGAUGGCAACAAUAUUCAGAAGAUCCCUGCAGAAUAUUUCAAAGAACUCCCCAAGAUGGCCUUCCUAAGGCUGAAUCACAACAAACUAGUUAAUGGAGGGAUCCCAAAGAAUGUGUUCAACCUGUCUAGCAUCCUGGACCUACAGCUUUCUUAUAACCAGCUUACAGAGGUACCACUCAUUUCUUCUGGCCUGCAGCAUCUACACUUGGACCACAAUAAAAUUAAGAGUGUGGACACCUCUGACAUCUGCCCUAUUUCAACUGACACUUUUGAUUACUCCCUUGAUGCAAGAGUCCCUCAACUCCGUUACCUCCGUCUCGAUGGGAACGAAAUCAAGUCCCCCAUUCCCAGAGAUCUGAUGAUCUGCUUUCGUCAUCUCAGUUCUGUUGUCAUAUAAAUGUAGGACUAGAUGCCAACGUGUAAUGGAUUGACCAGAAAUCCUUUUGUUUCUUCACAGUGUGGAAUCAUAUUCUGUCCUGACGCUCUUGUAUUUGUACACAGCAGACAGAAGACGUGUAGAGAUGAUUUUUGCUUCUGAAGUCACUUCAUUAUGACUUCAUGGUACCUUCUUUGAGUUGUCCAAGAUCACAGAUGAGUAAACAUGGUACAAGGGGAAUAGUAUUGUGAGCAAUGUUGUUGGUCUGCAUCUGUAUCUAUGGGUAAUGAAAUGGAUGUUUAUUUCCUUGGAUCAACUUCUGUAAUUUGAU